UAGGAGAAUAGUACUCGUAAGAGCCGUGAUUUGUGAUUCUUUGCAGAUGGAUAGGGUUAGGGUUUUGUCGCCGGAAAGCACUGUUGAAAGAAGUAGGCGGCUGACAUCGAAACGGAAAGGUGAUCUUGUGGAUGCUGUUAAAAGAGGCUCGCCGCUGAAAUCGAAACGGAACUAUGUUGAAAGUGAUCUUGUGGAUGCUGUUAAGAGAGGCGCGCCGCUGAAAUCGAAACGGAAACAUUUUGAAGGUUAUCUUUUAGAUGUUGUUAAAAGAGACACGCCACUGAAAUCUGAACGGAACCAUGUUGAAGGUGAUCUUGUGGAUGCUGUUAAAAGAGGCACGUCAGGCACAUCGCUGCCGCUGAAAUUGGAUAGAAAGGCCAGAAAAAAACAAAUUACAAAAAGACAAAUUGCCACCAGAAUUGCCAGGGCUGAAUAUUAUAGAAUCGAAGAAACCCUAAGUGUUUAUGAUUUUACUGUUGACCCUCCACCAGGCUACUAUGGUGGUGCCCAUCCUGUUGUCAUAGACAAAUCAAUUCGCUCUAGGCUCAUUAAAUUUUGUAGAAUUGCUUUGAAAAAGUUCAACUAUCACAAGAAUCGGGGUCCAGAAUUUGAUUUUCAUAACCUUGUCAAGUCAACCCGUACACAUACAAUGUAUUAUAUUACCUUUACGGCGGGAAGAAAACAAGAUGCUUUCUCAACAAUUUUCCGGACCAAGGUUAAGCGUGACAUUGAUGGUUCGAUUAAGGUCUUGUUUUGUGGCAUAAAAAGAAAGACUCGCCGUGGUCUUCGGAAGCUUCUGCCUCACUGGAAACACCUGAUUUGUUUAGGUCUUCGGAAGCUCAGAAUGCUGGACUAUUGAAUUCCUUCAUUAUUUCCAACCAAAACUAUUGACAUGUGCUCGUCAAAAUCAAAACUAUUUAUAUGUGUUUAUUAUUAUUAUUAUCUUUUGUUCUUGUGUUUAUUUAUUUUUUGUUUCAAAAUAGUGGUAUUUGAGUAAAAUUCUUGGUAAAAUGGAGAUGAUAUUGAUGAAGACUUUGCUGAGGGGCUGUGGUGACUGUGGUGGAUAUCCAUCAUAGUUAUUGAUAUGUGCUCGGCAAACCAAAACUAUUGAUAUUUGUUUAUUAUUAUUAUCUUU